AUGGAAGUCAACGAAAGCGCCGAAGUUCGGUCUACCGGCACACCGCCGACCAACGGUGGUAACGGCGGGGGCAACUGUUGCGGCACGUCCCCUGCGGUCGGCGCUCCGGCGGAACAUUCUUCCGGCACGAAGAUCCUGAGCAAGAAUUCAAACGGCACAAUGAUCAUGACAUCCAGUCCGAGUAACGAAGCUGAAUUACAAUUGUACAGGGUAAUGCAGAGAGCUAGUCUUUUAGCGUAUUAUGAUACACUACUCGAAAUGGGAGGUGAUGACUUGCAACAGCUUUGUGACGCCGGCGAAGAGGAAUUUCUUGAAAUUAUGGCUCUGGUCGGUAUGGCGUCAAAGCCACUACACGUUAGACGGUUGCAGAAAGCUUUGCACGAAUGGGUCAGCAACCCAACCAUGUUCCAAGCACCGCUAACAUCUCCUGUUGCAAGUGGUGGUCCCAGUGCCAUCGUCCUGCCGCCGAACCCGGUGAGGCCAUUUCUCAGAGUCUGCCCGAACCCGCUAAUCCAGACGUCCAUACACCACGGUUAUUAUACACCGCUGGGGUACGGUUACCAGCCGCCCACGUCACCAUCGCACGUGCCCAGCUCGACCAACCAACUACCGCAGGUUGCGCAAACGAGUGAAGCGACAACUUCAGCUGGUCAACACUAUGGUGAUAGUAACAGCCCUGGCCAAAGUCCAGGAUCGCCGUUGCAGCUGUCCCCGACAUUGGACGAAUCACAAAUCGCCCGGUUGGCUACGUCGGCUAAGCAACUAGUGCAAAGGCUACCGCAGUACCAACCCAAGGCACAAACAGCGAAACGGAAGGCGAACAAAGAACUCGAGUGCGUCAUGAACAUGCCGGAAGAAGAUCCAAGGCGCAUAGAAUCUAUUAGGAAGUAUUCGGCUAUUUACGGGCGGUUCGAUUGCAAAAGGAAACCAGAAAAACCUUUAACAUUGCACGAGGUGUCCGUAAACGAGGCCGCCGCACAGAUAUGCAAAUUAGUGCCUGUCCUGUUGACUAGACGAGACGAACUGUUCCCUUUAGCCCGACAAGUGGUUCGUGACUCGGGAUACCAUUAUUCUAAAGGACAUUCCAAGUCAAGCAUGCUGCAGGGUUUCGGAGGGUUGACUUCGAACGGCGACUGCGGUUACGGGUCGAAGAGGCCCCGUCUGGACGAUAACGUCGAACUAUUCAAAAUCCGACGACAGGAACGUUUGGAGCAGAUCGCUGACGAACUGAAGGCGGUCAACGAUCGUCGAGAGGAGCUGGACCAGAGCACUCAAGAUGACCAGGCGGUCCAACACCAGUUGGAAACCCUGAAGAAUCGCCAAGCGCAGCUGUUAGUGGAACAGAACGACCUGCGACAAAACAAGUCGAUGAUGCGAAGGGACCAGAGCGGUGCCAGGACGUCGUCAUCGGCCGGUUUCGACACGGACGACACGGACUCUCAAAUGUCGUACAGCAAUACUAGUUCUCCGUUACAGGACGUCAGCGACUCCAGGGAUUCGAUGACUCGAUGCAGCGUCGACUACCACCACGAUGGAAAACCAUCACCGAAUACCGGUAAUCAGAGUAACUUGUCUCGCGGCGAUACAGACGACACGGACGAAGACGACGAAGAACCUCAGCGUCGCCGCCAUAGUCACAGCCCCUCCGCGCACAUAAACGGCAACAGACAUCUGGUUGAUCGGUUUUUCAACGACAAAGUCCAGAUAAUAUCGUCGAGCGGCGGCAACAUAAUCGCCGUCGCCAAUCCGGCGCUGCUGAUGUCCGCGGCGGCGGCGACGACGACGACGACGCCGACGCCGCCGCCAAUGAAAAUCGAACCAGUUUCACCGACGCGAGACGAUGACUGAUGAGGUGCCGACACGUCCAGUGGCCGCCGAUCUGUGGAAAUCUUCGAUUUUCUCCACCGUUGUUAAUGUGUUAUUAUUAUUUAUUAUCGUUUUCCGUUGGUCGUAUUUAUUAGUAUUUAUUUUGCCCCAGUUAUUUAAUCAUAAUAAUAAUAUCGUAUAAGACCGCAUUUCGUAGUGUUAAAAUAAUAAGCUUAAAAUACGAUCAUGUUCCUAUACACUGUAUAAUACUUCCUAUAUACGAAUGUUGUAAUAAUAUUGUUAUGUGCGUUUUACAAGCAAACGUCGUCGGCCGUUGGAUCGAAAGUUUUGAAAUCAUUAUACGACUCGCGAGCCCGAAAUACCUAUACAUGUUAUUUUAGUUUAUAACGCUAUUGAUUCAAAUAUUAUUAUGUUGUAUUACGUUUUGUUUAUUUAUUUUUGUUUUUUAUUGUUUUCUGUAGGCACCUACAUCAUAUUGUUAUUGUUAAUCAUUACCCAUCAUUAAUCAUUAUGUCAAAUCUCAAUAUCGGAUUCUGUCGACCGGCCUUGCGACUCUUACCUUCGACGGUAUUCGAAUAUCGCAGUCGUUCGAAUUUCGAGUGACAACAUUGUAAAUGUCGUCAUAAUAAUUUACUACGUUGAUUAGGUAUUUUGAUUUUUCUUUCGCCCGAUAUUUUUUUUUGGUUAUUUUCACUAUCGUUUCUUUGAACGAUAAUCAAUUGGCAUAUUUCCAUGAAUUUCUACCGACAAGUCGUUUUGUUUCGCCGAAGACGAUUGCGAGCCCAUUACAUUUUUCUUGACAUAUUGCCAGUAUUAUAUAGUAUAAUAUAAUAGAUAAUAAUAUGUACCUUCACAGGGUGAGUACACUCCUCUGAUUAUUGGACAACAGCGAAUAUUUAUUUGAACGUUUGAUCAUGACGCAUAAAGGUUGCGAUUUGUAGAGUUCUCAUCAAGCGUCGUUGUUGGUAAUUUUUUAUUUGAUAGUAAGAAACCGACAUCCCUCUGUUUGUAUGGGCCGUUAGUAUUUUCUAUGUUCAUUUACUAUCCGCAGAAUUUGUAAAAAAAAAAUUACUUAACAAAAUAUCAUAAAUUCUAUCAAACUUCAAAGUGAAUAAAAUAUUAAAAUAUGAUAGCAAAUUAAUUGGCCAGAC